UGUUAAUAUAGGAAUAGAAUACAAUAAUUUAGAAAAAUAUGAAGAUUCACUAACAGAUUUAAAUAAAACAUUAAAAAUUAAUUUAAAUGAUGCAGAUGCAUUAGCAUAUCGUGGAAUAAUUUAUUACAUAAUGGACAGAUACGAAGAAUCACUAACAGAUUUAAACAAAUCAUUAAUAAUCAAUCCGAAUAGUGCAGAAGCACUAAGUUAUCGUGGAGCAAUUUAUCGCAUACAGAAUCGAUACGAAGAAUCAUUAGCAGAUUUAAAUAAAUCGUUAGCAUUUGAUCCAAAUAAUACGUUUGCAUUAAUGCAGCGUGGAGUAACUUAUCGUAUGAUGAACAGAUGCGAAGACUCACUAGCAGAUUUAAAUAAAUCAUUAAAAAUUUGUUCAAAUAAUGUAGAAGUAUUAAAGCAGCGCGGAGUAACUUAUCGUAUGAUGAAAAGAUACAAAGAAGCACUAGCUGAUUUAAAUAAGUCAUUAGAAACUAAUCCAGACGAUGCAGACGCAUUAUAUGAGCGUGGUGCAAAUUAUUUUAUGGUGAGCAGAUAUGAAGAGUCACUAAAAGAUCUAAAUAAAUCAUUAGAAAUUAAUCCAUAUAAUGCAAAAGCAUUAGCAUACCGUGGUGCAACAUAUUUUAAGAUGAAUAGAUACGAAGAAUCACUAGCAGAUUUAAAUAAAUCAUUGGAAAUUAAUCUAAAUGAUGCAUUUGCAUUAAAAAACCGUGGAUCAACAUAUUUCAGGAUGAACAAAUACGAGAAAUCACUAUCAGAUUUCAAUAAAUCAUUAGAAAUUAGUCCAAAUUAUGCAAACGCAUUAGUUGAACGCGGAACAACGUAUCUCAUGAUGAACAGAUACGAAGAAGCACUAGCAGAUUUAAAUAAAUCAUUAAAAAUUAAUCCAAAUAAUGCAGAAGCAUUAGCAUAUCGUGGAGUAACGUAUCUUAUGAUGAAUAAAUACGACGAAUCAUUAGCAAAUUUAAGUUCUUCAUUAAUGAAUAAUUCAUAUAAUAAUGUAUUUGUAAUAAUAAACCGUGGCAUAACAUAUUUUAAGAUGAAUAGAUUUGAAAACUCACUAGCAGAUUUUGAUUCAUUAUUACAAAUUAAUCCAAAUUGUGCAGAAACAGAUUUAAAUAAUCCAUUAGAAGUUAAUCCAAAUAAUACAUUUGCAUUAGAAACCCGUGGAAUAGCUUAUUUUAUGAUGAAAAAAUACGAAGAAUCACUAGCAGAUUUAAAUAAAUCAUUAGAAGUUAAUCCUAAGAAUGCAUUUGCAUUAAGAUCCCGUGGUGUAAUCUUUUAUCUAAUGAAUAGAUGCGAAGAAUCACUGGCAGAUUUAAAUCAAUCAUUAGAAAUUAAUCCAAAUAAUGCAUUUGCAUUAGCAAACCGUGGAGAAACUUAUCGCAUGAUGGACAGAUACGAAGAAUCACUAGCAGAUUUAAAUAAAUCAUUAAAAAUUAAUCCAAAUAAUGCAGAAACAUUGGCAUACCGUGGAGCAACUUAUCUAAUGAUGAAUAGAUACGAAGAAUCACUAGCAGAUUUAAAUAAAUCGCUAGAAAUUCAUCCAAAUAAUAUAGAGGCAUUAAAGCAACGUGGAGUAACUUAUCGCAAGUUGAACAUAUACGAAGAAUCGUUAUCUGAUUUAAAUAAGGCAUUAGAAAUUAAUCCAAGUAAUACAUUUGCAUUAAGACAGCGUGGAGUAACUUAUCGCGCGAUGAGCAGAUACGAAAAAUCACUAAAAGAUUUAAAUAAAUCAUUAGCAAUUAGCUCAGAUGAUGCUGAUGCAUUAAGUGAGCGUGGAGUAACUUAUCGUAUGAUGAACAGAUACGAAGAAUCAUUAUCAAAUCUAAAUAAAUCAUUAGAGAUUCGUCCAAAUAAUGUGGAAGCAUUAAAGCAGCGUGGAAUAACUUAUCGCAUGAUGAACAGAUACGAAGAAUCACUGGCUGAUUUAAAUAUGUUAUUAGAAACUAAUCCAAACGAUGAAGACGCAUUAAGUGAGCGUGGAGCAAUUUAUAGCAUGAUGAACAGAUACGAAGAAUCGUUAGCAGAUUUAACUAGAUUAUUAGAAAUUAAUCCAAAUAAUGCAGAAGCAUUAGCAUGCCGUGGAGUAACUUAUCGCGUAAUGUGCAAGCACGAAGAAUCACAAGCAGAUUUAAAUAAAUUAUUAGAAAUUAAUUUAAAUAA